UAUGGAUUGCCAUGCGAUUGUGUUGGGUUUUAAAAGACACCAAGGUUUUACAGCCCUGUUUAUUUUUCUACUUCACUUUCUAGACAGUUUUUCAGCGUAUAUCCCGAAAGCCCUGUGUUUACCAUGUUAUCAGUGUGUGUUUUCUGGCUGAUGUGUUAUUGUUCAUGCAGAUGCUGUCCGAGUGCAAGCUCAUGUGUGACUUAAGUGUCAUGGAAAUCUCUGCUCUCUCUCUUUGAAUGUUAUUUUCAAUGUAAAAUAUGUAAAUAUAUAUAUGUGGGUUUAGAAAGUGGCAAGAUCACACACAAGCACUAUUGUCUUGAGAAGAGCAGUUGGAGUAUUUGUGGGUCAUCAUGAGGAUUGAUUUGACCUUCGUGCUCAUAUCAGCUCUGAGCUCCAGUGUGAACUCUGAUGUGUUCACCUUAGUUUCUGAGAAGAUGAACUGGACCGAUGCUCGGAGCUACUGCAGACAGCACCACACCGAUCUCGUCACCUUAAAUGAGCGGACGGACAUGGACGAGCUGUUACAGUCUCUUCCCAGUGGUUUAGUCAGUUUAAUGUGGAUUGGGCUCUAUCGGACGGAUGAGUAUUUUCCCUGGGUCUGGGUCUGGUCCGAUGGGAGCAAAGACCUCUUCACAUCAUGGGAUCCUUCACAACCGAACAACGUGGAUGGCGUUCAGUACUGUGUGUGCACGUCUCCGAAAGGAUACUGGAGCGACUGGUGGUGUACAGAUAAAUUACCAUUUCUGUGCUACACUAAGAAAAAGAGACAGAUAGUGAGACUGGAGGUAAAAUCAAGCCAAAAUGUGAAUGAUCCUGCAGUGAAGAGUAAGAUUUUAGCAAAGUUUGAGCAGACACUGAGGGAAAACGGUCUGACAGAUGCCAAGCCCUCGUGGAAGGAGUCUUCUGGAGAACAUGUCUUUCACAAGAUGUGGUAUCAGAAGAGUGAUGCUUUUAAUGUGUCCUGCAGGAGAACCACGAACUGAGCGGCUCAUAAUCGCUUUGGUGUAGUUUAGCAGUCUGAGACAUCUGUAAUGUGCACUUCUGUACUAUUAGGCUUUUUUUGUAUUAAAUUCAAAAACACUAUUAUUGGUAAA